CGAGAAAGGGGGGCGAGGCGAGCAGGUCCUCCAGAGCAGAAUCCCCCCCCCCCUUUCCCGGUCACUUCCUCGCUUUUGUCUUUCUCCCUUCCCAGAGCUUCCUCGGUGCCCCUCCUGGGAUCCGGUGAGCCUCGUCUCUCUCCCCCCUGUGGGUGCAAUGGGGAGAAGGGGGGGCAGGGCUGCAUGGGAAGGAUGCAUGGGGGGCGGAUCCUGCUCAGCUCAGGAAUAGGGGGACCCCCAAGUCAGGGAGCAGAGAGUCCUGCUGCCCCCAAAGCCAGAGCGAGGACGAGGAGGGCGGGAGGUCUGCAACUCUAUCCCUGCCCCUUGCCCCAUGCCAGGAAACCCCAUUCAGAUGGAUGAGCCCAGUCUCAAUAUCGGGGGGGGGGAGGGGCUGGCCUGAUCCUGCAGGGCUCCUCUCCCCUUCUGAUGCUGAGUUCCUGCAGAUGCAAGCGAACCUUCCUUUGCACUUCCCUUACAAUCAAAGCUUCCCCCCCCCCCCAGAUAGGACAGGGGUCUUAUCCAGACUCCUGGCUGGCACAUGUGCACCUAGUCAGACCUGCAGGCCCUACAUGCUCAGAGGAUCUUUUGAGAUUGAACAGGAAGCCUUGUCGAGAACCUUGGCUCCCUGCACUGCAAGGGAAUGGACUGGGUGGCGCUGGGCAUCCCUGACACUGGAGGUGUCUAGACCCUGGUACAAGUUCCUCACUUGUCCAUCACGGUUCGACUUCAUUCCUUGACUGCAAGCACUGAAAGGCAGGAGCAGCCAGGCUGAUUCAUCUCACAUAAAUCCCUUCAGUUGCCUUCACAUUUUGCUUGGGAAGUGUCCUUCUGCGUGGGCUAGAGGCUGACUUCCCUUUUUUAAAUAAAAGGAAAUUCAGUGUCUGGGCUGGGGUGCAAUCCAGCCCUUGCUUCUAGCACGACUCAUCUAAUCUUGCUCAAUGAACCUUUUUCUUCUGCUGAUCAUGACUAUGCAUUUGCUUUGUAGGACUUCCUAGCACCUCUACUUAGGACAGACAGAACGGGGCAGAAGACCAGGGGGCUUCUUCUGAUCUCUUGGGGGAUUCCACAGAGCCCAGAUGGAUGAGCAAGACUCAGCUGGCCCUGAAGUGGGAAGAGACCAUGACAUCCAAACUGGGAGCAGUGAGGGAUUCUGGGAAAACUCUGUGCAGAAGAUCCUGGGAGAGGAGGACACUCUCCGCUCAGUUGUGCAGAGCCAGCAGUUCAGGCAGUUCUGCUACCAGGAGGCCAAAGGACCCCGAGAGAUUUGCAGCCGACUCUACCACCUUUACUAUCAGUGGCUGAAGCCAGAAGGGCACACGAAAGCCGAGAUGCUGGACCUGGUGAUCUUGGAGCAGUUCCUGGCUGUCCUUCCGCUAGAGAUGGAGAUCUGGGUGAGGGAAUGUGGAGCGGAGACCAGUUCCCAGGCGGUGGCCCUGGCCGAAGGAUUCCUCCUGAGUCAGGCAGAGGAGAGGAAGCAGGCAGAGCAGCAGGUGAGAGAGACUGUCCUCUGGAUGCUCCCAAGGGGCUCUGAACAGGAGGGACAGUACGAUGGUACCUCGGGUUACAGACGCUUCAGGUUACAUACACUUUAGGUUACAGACUCCGCUAACCCAGAAAUAGUACCUUGGGUUAAGAACUUUGCUUCAGGAUGAGAACAGAAAUCGCACGGCGGCGGCUGGAGGCCCCAUUAGCUAAAGUGGUGCUUCAGGUUAAGAACAGUUUCAGGUUAAGAACGGACCUCCGGAACGAAAUACGUUCUUUACCCGAGGUACCACUGUAUACCGAAAUUCUUUCCUAAUGGCUCAUCCUUUCAGUUUUUGGAAAGUAAGCAAUGAGAUCUGAUAGCCCUGAAGUGUUUGCUUCUGCCAUUCCUAUUGUAAUCCUUAUUUUCAUUCCCUGUUUUGAAUCCUUGUUGCUCCUUCAGGGAAAGUUUCUGUUAGCAGAAAUGCCUGAGGCAGAGAGGACUCCGCUGGACACCAGAGAGAGGCUGCUGGGUAAGGAGGAAGGAGUGUUUUCUCUUUUUAGUCUCAUUCUAUUAAUAUGGAAACUGAUCUUUGGGUUUUCAUCUUUGGGGUGGGUGGAGACAGUUGAGGCCAAGAGGAGGGGCGAUGUAUUUUUACACAAAUAAAAUAUGAAAUGGGUCCAAAUGUCCAAAUGUACUCAUCAUGUAAGACUUUUUCUAAUGCCCGCCUUAGAGAUGCACAGCUGAACUCCGAGAGAAGCAUGCAGGGAUGUCUUCCCACUUACCUUUGUGUCUUGCAGGUGACAGAAGGAUGCCGGCAAGACCUCCUCACCCCUCUUUUCGUGGUGGUGGAGCAGAAGCAGCAACUGUGGAACCAGAUCAGGUCAGGGGAAGGAGCCUUGUGGGGAGAGGCCGAGGGGUGGGGCAGCCAGGUGCCUCUGAGCCCAAACAAAUCUUUUUCCUCCUCUUGGCUUCUGUCAAAGCUGCCCUUAACAAAGGCUGAAAUGUCAUUAGUAUAAUUGAUUGCCAUUUGUUGCCAUUUUCUUCAUAUGCUUAACAGUGAAUGCUAAAACAGGCUUCUAAGCCGUAGGCAGACUAUGAAGAGUGGCCAGGAUUCACCUAUCCAGCUCCAUGAGUUGCACAACGGGGCCUCCCUGCUCUCCUUCCCACGCCUCGGCUGCCACACACUCCUUAAACUUAGCUUUAGGACAUUGGGAAGAUACCCUUCCACGUAACAGCAAGAUGAGAGAUAGGAUCUUUCCAUCUGGCAAAUGAGAAUGUUUGUGCUAACAAAAUGACUUGAAGAAUACAGCGUGAAGUUCCACCCAUUUAAACAAUGAUUAGUACCCAUCAUUAAAAUUGUUGUUGUUGUUGUUUAGUCGUAUCCGACUCUUUGUGACCCCCUGGACCAGAGCACGCCUGGCUCUCCUGUCUUCCACUGCCUCCCGCAGUUUGGUCAGACUCAUGUUUGUAGCUUCGAGAACACUGUCCCACCAUCUCGUCCUCUGUCGUCCCCUUCUCCUUGUGCCCUCCAUCUUUCCCAACAUCAGGGUCUUUUCCAGGGAGUCUUCUCUUCUCAUGAGGUGGCCAAAGUAUUGGAGCCUCAGCUUCAGGAUCUGUCCUUCCAGUGAGCACUCAGGGCUGAUUUCCUUCAGAAUGGAUCGGUUUGAUCUUCUUGCAGUCCAUGGGACUCUCAAGAGUCUCCUCCAGCACCAUAAUUCAAAAGCAUCAAUUCUUCGGCGAUCAGCCUUCUUUAUGGUCCAGCUCUCACUUCCAUACAUCUAUCAUUAAAAUACAUGGGGGGGGGGCGGGAAUUUCCACAGAGACGUCAAAAUAAGCAUUCAUACUUAAAAUGUGCAGCAAAACAAUCCCAUCCAAGCAAGACAGCCAUUAACAGGCACAAAAUACCAGAGCAAUGUGUAGUAGAUAAUAUUUACGCUGUCUAAGAGGAGGACAUUUCCCUUUUUCUCUUAGGGUCCAGUGUGCUUUGAAGAUAUUGCUGUUCAUUUCGCAGACGAGGAGUGGGCGUUGCUGGAUCCUGAACAGAGAGCUCUGCAUAAGGAAGUCAUGGAGGAUAAUUGUGGGAUCCUGGUCUCUCUCAGUAAGGCUCCCUGUUGGAUCACAAUACAGUGGUACCUCAGUUUAAGAACAAUCCUGUUUACGAACGAUUCUGUUUAAGAACUCCGCAAAACCAGAAAUAGUGUCCCGGUUUGCAAACUUUACCUUGGCCUAAGAAUGGAUUCCGAACAGUGGAAGGGCACCGGCGGCAGGAGACCUCAUUAGGGAAAGUGCGCCUCAGUUUAAGAACGGACUUCCGGAACAGAUUACGUUUGUAAACCGAAUACCACUGUAUUUGUUUUGAAAUUCCAUACAUAUAUCUAUAGGUGAAAUCUGCAAUAUUUUGAUGGAGCUGGUUGCACUCACUGAGUAGAGCUGGCUGUCUUGGAGGAGAAGGGGAGAAAGUGAGGGCUCUGUGACCCCCCAAAAAAACUUCCAGGGGAAUCUGGAGCCUCCAAGGACACCCCACAGUGCAGAGGAUCUUGAACGGGGCUGAGAAAGCUCCCUGAAGGAUUGGGGGGCAGGUUAAGAUGGCAAAGGGGAGCUAUGCUCCCUCCAGGACAGGAAGCCCCUGAUGUGGACCUAACCGAGUUCUAGCACCCCAGAAACAAGAGCUGGCUCUGGGAGGAAGAGCCACAGGACCCCCAAAAGUACCGUAUUUUUUUGCUCUGUAAGACUCACUUUUUCCCUCCUAAAAAGUAAGGGAAAGUGUGUGUGCGUCUUAUGGAGCGAAUGCAGGCUGCACAGCUAUCCCAGAAGCCAGAACAGCAAGAGGGAUUGCUGCUUUCACUGCGCAGCAGUCCCUCUUGCUGUUCUGGCUUCUGAGAUUCAGAAUAUUUUUUUUCUUUUCCUCCUCCAAAAACUAGGUGCGUCUUGUGGUCUGGUGCGUCUUAUAGAGCAAAAAAUACGGUACUUAAGAAAAAGGAAGCCCAUCUUGAAAUGGCACUGUGCUGCCUGGGGUGAAACUGACUGUGGUUACUGUUGAGAAGAAGAGACCUGCUUGUGAGUAUUAGGGAGGUGGAAGGGGAGCAAGAAGCAAGAGGGAUGAGAAAGAGAGAGGUGAACUUCUAAAGCCCAAACAACUGGGAAAUGGAAAGGAUAAGAGGUGGAAGAGAGGAUUGGAAAGGCGAGAGUGGAGCGGGAGGGGGGAUAAAAAGACGGUGGCUGUGUGAGUGACUGUCUCACUGGUGGAAAAUAGCGCUAAGGGGAAAAGAAGGGGAACAUCUGUGAAGCAGCCCCUUUCUCUCUCUGAAAAAGACCACCCCAGAAAACAAAGAUUUCCACUCAAGAAAUUUGAGGCUAAAAUUGGAGUAUAAAACAGACUCCAGACAAGAGUGAAUGCAUGGGGGAAACGUCUUCGAGGGACUGAAUACCGUAUUUUUCGCUCUAUAAGACGCACCAGACCACAAGACGCACCUAGUUUUUGGAGGAGGAAAACAAGAAAAAAAAUAUUCUGAAUCUCAGAAGCCAGAACAUCAAGAGGGAUCGCUGCGCAGUGAAAGCAGCAAUCCCUCUUGCUGUUCUGGCUUCUGGGAUAGCUGCGCAGCCUGCAUUCGCUCCAUAAGACGCACACACAUUUCCCCUUACUUUUAUAGGAGGGAAAAAGUGAUUAUAGAGCAAAAAAUACGGUAAAUAGUGUGGGUGUUGAAAUACAGCAAGACCUGAAUGGGCUAUUGGACAAAUGUGGAUUGUGGAACUUGAGUGGACUCUGGCUUGAUUCAAACCUUCAAGGGGGCAGGUAACAUUAAAACUCUCCUAAGGAAAGAAUAAGCCAAGAGAGGAGUAGAGGCUAUAAAGGAGACAAGGCUACAGGCAAGGGGAGAGGAGGACAGAGGAAAUAAGAAAAGCAGAGGGCUUAAGACUGGAGAAAGAAGGAAGAAAGAAGCUUUUUAUCAGUUUUUUUGGCGGGGGGGGGGUUAGUUUAUUUUUUCCCUGCUUCCCAUUUCUUGAUGUCCAGAAUUAUAUUUAAGGGUGGUGUUUUGUUUUGUUUUUGAAAACUGAAAGGAGGGGGAAGGAUAGAAGGAGUGGUCUGGGAGAGAGAGACCAGAGGAGUGGGCAUAUCAUGGCUUUUGAUAAUGUGUCCUGGGUUUUCCUGACAAGACGCCCUAGAAUGCCAUGGAGAGAUGGACUGGAAAGUCCGAGGAUAAGAGAUAAUGAUGAAGACGAUAUGAUGCACAUAUGACUUGUAAAAAUGCAUAAAUAAAUAAAUGAUGGUGCUCAACAGUGCCACCUCCAGCACCUCUGAUUCUAACACCCCUACAGCUCCCCUUGAAUGAAGGGGUAUCUCCUGGCUUGUCUGCAAAUAUUCUUCCUCCAUUCCUAUUAAAAAACAAUGAUGAAGCUGGUCUGAACUGCCCCAGCAUUUUUAAAUGUAGGCUUUGCAGUGGUAAGAGAAAUAAUUUCUGUCCGGAUUUAUGCUUUCGUUUUUGCUUCUGUCUAUUUUUGGUUGACCAAAGGGAUGACUGACAUUGGAGAUCGCUUGGAGUCCAUGAUUGGCCCAAAUGAAACACAUCCCAGGAAAGAGUCAGGAUUUUCAAAUCUUAGUUUCCUAUAAAUAUGUCAAUUAAUUCCAGUCAAUAAAGGCAGUGAACCCUGUAGUAGAACCUCACAUCUAAUUCCCUCAAUCUUUUCCCCUAUCGCAUGCGUUCAUUAGCAUUGUUCGAUAAUUUGGGGCUCCAUUUCUUCCUGAGGCUCUAAUUAGUUUCUCUCUUCAUUGUAGGAGGGGAUGAAUUGGGAAAGAAGGAUGAGGGAGACCAUGACAAAAUCUACACAGUGGAGAAUCCGUAUCAAUAUACGGAGUGUGGCGAGAGCUUCAGCCAGAGCUCCCUUUCCACUUCCCAUCAAAUAAAUCCCAUUGGGAAGAAACACUAUCAGUGCCUGGAAUGUGGAAGGGGCUUCACUCGGAACUCGCGUCUCACGGCCCAUCGAAGAAUUCAUACAGGGGAGAAACCCUAUCAGUGCUUGGACUGUGGAAAGAGAUUCACUACGAGCACAAGCUUCCAUCGACAUCAGAGAAUUCACUAUGAGGAUGAAGACUAUCAGUGCUUGGAAUGUGGAAAGAGGUUCAGAUGGAAGGUCAGUCUCACUUCCCAUCAAAUAAUUCACACAGGGGAGAAUCCAUAUCAGUGCUUAGAGUGUGGAAAGAGCUUCAGUCAGAGGGCCCAUCUCACGACCCAUCAAAGAAUUCAUACAGGAGAGAAGCCGUAUCAGUGUUUGGAAUGCGGAAAGAACUUUAAUACAAGGCCAAACUACUAUCGACAUAAAAGUAUUCAUCGUGAGGAGAAACCAUAUCAGUGCUCGGAAUGUGGAAAGGGGUUCAAGUGGAAGAGUAGUCUCGCUUCCCAUCAAAGAAUUCAUACAGGGGAGAAUCCCUAUCAAUGUUUGGAAUGUGGAAAGAGCUUCAGGUGGAAGGACAGCUUCACUUGCCAUCAAAGAAUUCAUACAGGUGAAAAUCCCUAUCAGUGCGUGGAAUGUGGAAAGAGUUUCACUGUGAAGAAAAACCUCACUUGCCAUCAAAGAAUUCAUACAGGCAAGAAACCCUAUCAGUGCUUUGGGAAGAGCUUCGGUCAGAGCUCCCAUCCAAUUUCCCAUCAAAUAACUCGCAGUGUGGAGAAACCAUAGCAAUUGCUGUGUAGUGAUGACUGCUUGGGAGAGACUAUGGAAGAUAGAUUUGAAAUUUACUGCAUAUUAUACCUUGAGAGAAAACUAUGUGAAAAUAAUGUAUAACACCAUAUAAACUAGCAAAUAUGUAUAAAAAUGUACGUGCCAGAAAUGUCAACAGGAGGAAGGGUCAUUUUAUAAUAUGUGGUGGUCCUGUGAAAAGGCAAAGUGUUUGGGGGGAAUGAUAUAUAAUUAACUGAAAAGGAUGUUUAAUCUGACAGUUCCUUAAAAACCUGAGGUGUUUCUGCUAGGAGCAAUGGGGACAGAGGUUGUGAGAAAGCUAACCAAUUUAUUUAUGUAGCAUCAACAGCAGCUAGAACUUCAUUUGCACAGAGGUGGAAAGAGGAGGGAUUACCAACAAAGGAGGAAUGGCUUCUGAAACAGGGUUUAUGCUGAAAUGGUGAAAUUAACUGCCAGAUUAAGAGGAUAUAAUUAAGUGUUCAAGGAGGAUUGGAGACCAUUGAUGGAUUAUCUAUUAAAGUAUCACCCAGACAUGAAGCUGUCAGCAGGAUUUGAAAUAUUAAUGGAUAGGUGAAAGAAUUAACAAUCCUAGAGUUUAGAAAGUAAAAAUUUAUGUGCUGUAAAACAACUAAUAAAAGGGAGCAAAAAACAAACAUCAGGAAAGGGAGGUGGGACGUCAAGAAGAAAAUUCAUGGGGUAAAAAAAUUAUAUAAUGUUGUGAAAUACUUUUGGAGAUUUAAUAAAAAAUGCUUUAAAAAAACAACAGUUGUUAUUAACCAGUAGUAAUUAAAUUUUAAGAGACUUAGUAUUUG